GACACGCCGCGCGCGCUGGAUGAGGAGAGCAGCAGUUACGACUCCCUCCUCCUCGACGAGGCGGAGCUUGCCGCCGAGGCGGACCUGGCUGCCAUGGAGGCCCUCGAGCAGGCUGGUGGAGGCGGAGGCGCGGGUGCCUUUGGCAGGCCGGGCCAAGGAUCAGGCGGAGAGCAAUCGGCCGUAUUGGCCUACAGGACUUUGGGCCUCUCGGAUGAUGCGACAUACGACGAGGUCACGGAGGCAGCCGAGACGCUGGCGGAGGCCGAGAUUGAGGACGCCAAGCGGAGGGUCCUCGAGGAUCGCUCCUCCAUGCUGAGGAGCUUUGCCGCGCAAAGUAGAGCGAGGCUGCUGCCGGCGACGGACGUCAGGGAACGCGCGGCGGCGGACACAAGCGAGACCGAUGCCCCGCACGUCGCCUCGACCCCGCCAUGCGGCGAAACCGAAUGCGAGGCAGAUGAUCUGACUGAAGGGGGAGGGGCGGCGGAGCAGGCAAACGUCGGCCUGCAUCUGGAUGCCACCGAGCGGCAGGCGGCCUCCCUCGCGGGGGUCCAGGCGGCGAAGGCGGGCGAGUCAGGAAAGGCAAAGGGCGGUGGCACAGAGGGCGAGAAGCUCGGCCGGUGCAGCGAAGCCGAGGCGAAGGAGGCGAUUGAGGCGGCGGCGACGCCCUGUGCUGAGCUUGCACCCGCGGUAGCGCCGGUCCUCUCUCUGCCAGUGACGAGAGCGGAGCUGUCAAAGGCUCUGAUGGCCUACGGCGCUAGCCUGCUCGAUGUGCGCUCUGCCGGGGAGCGCGCCGCCCUGACGCUCCCCCUCCCCUCGAUUUGGUGCGAAGUUUCGCUUGAUGACGCGGCCGACCUCGAGGCGCGCGCUACCGCGCUGCUUCCGCGGCCAAAGCUGCCCGUGGUCGUCUUUUGCGAUUCCGGCCGCCGCGCAGCUUUCGCAAAGGCUGUGCUUGAACGUCAAGGGUUCGAAUACGUGAUCAACGCGGGCGGUGUCAACGCUGUGAUGGAGUGUCUGCUCGCCUCGCUAUGACAAUCGGUGCGGACCUCCGCGAACCGGUGGAUAGCGAGUCGUCAUUUGGUGGCGGGAUGAAUGGAUGAUGAGAGCGUGCGGCGCGUUCGUGUGCGCUGUCCGCAGCUCCGCACCCCGGCCGCUAAGCUAGAUGGCGCGAGAGGUUCGCUUGAGACCUUGAGUGAAAGUGGUACUAGAUGCGGUGCAGCCGGAGAGCAGCUCUCUUGUGUACAUGCGCGUAGCGAAGCGGGUCCUACAUUAUGUAACAUGUGA